AUGUAGUAAGAAUCAGAACUUGAAGAUUUUUCAAUAGAUUGGUCUCAAGUAAUUAAACCUAAGUUAAGUGAAAAGAGAAUAAAAAAAAAAGAAAUUAAGUAGGAUAUAUAAACAAAAGUUAAUGUUUUUGACAAAAUCUCAAUUUGUUUCAGAUAUAGGAUUGCCACAUUAAUUACUCAACUGGGGAAACCACAAUAUUACUGCAAAUUUGAUCCAAAAUUAAAAAAAACAAUCCAAUCAAAUAAUAAAUAAAAGAAAAAAUUAGAAGAAUAGUUAUCUAAAAUUGCUACUCAAUUAGAAUUGAGUUGUCGAUUUAUAACUAGAUCAAUGUUUUAAAUUACAAGAUAACCUUUACUGAAAUCAAUGAAAAGUAAAUAUUAUAAAAUUAUGAAUCAGUUGAUAUAAGAAGCAUUUUGAAUAAAGCAAUGAAUGAUAAAGAAUUUUAGAAAUUAUAUUUGGAUUUAGAUGACUAAAGUGAAGAAUAAAGGAAAAAAGAAGAAGAAACUGAAAAAAUCUUAGCUUAAAUAUAACCAUUAUCUGAAUCUGAAGUCAGAGAAGGAAUUGAAAAAUUGCGGAAAAAACACAAUUUAAAUCAAAAUUAAUAUUUAUAUGUAAUAUAAGGGGAAUAUUUUAAUGAUAUGAAAAAUUUAUUUAAUUCAUUAGGUAAAGAAUUCGGUUACUUUUUUUAUUAGGUUGGGUAGAAAUUGAAGAUGUUUAUACAUAGAUUUAUGAUUUCAAAUUUUGUUACUUAAAGAAGUUUUUACAUAAACCUAUUCCAGAAUAAGUUGUCAGUAGAUUUGCUAGUGCAAAAUUAUUGACAACAAAGUUUGGAUUAGCAAGAUCUUUGAAAAGUUGUUAUAUUUUAGGAGGAGUAGACUCCAAUACUUUCUUUCCUAGAUGUUAUGAUUUGAGUGAUGAAAAUGAUUUUGAAGAUUUUUUGGAAGAAUAUAAAUUUACAUUUGCAGAAAACUAUCUUAAGAAAAACCCUAAGGAUGAAGAAAAGAUAAAUAUUGCAAUAGAAAUAUUAAAUUAUAAGUUAAUGCCAAUUUAAGAUAAAAUCAAUAGAAUUGUAAAAUUUACUAUAUAAUUAGACUUGCGAAGAUUAUCCUAUUUGUACUCCUCAAUAAUGGUAAAUUUUAUAUAAAAAAUCUGAACCAAAGCAAGAAAUCAUUUAAUUUAAUAAUCCAAACAUAAUGGAAUCAAUUAAAAAUAUAUUAUAAAAUCUUAGUGAUAUUGACCCUUAAUAUAAAAUUUCUAAGGGUGAGAAUAUUUGGGUUACAAAACCUUGUGGGUUGUCUAGAGGAAGAGGAGUCAAAUAUUUUAAGGAAUUAGAAGAUAUACUAGCUUAUACCUUUGGAGCUAAGGAUGUGAAUUUCGUGGCUUAAAAGUGCUUAGAAAAUAUUAUGACAAUAUAAAAAAGGAAAUUUGAUAUAAGAUAAUGGAUAAUUGUAUCAGAUGUUUAACCUUUGACAAUUUGGAUGUAUAAAGAAUGUUACAUUCGAUUUUGUGGUGUUGAGUAUAAUACAGAUGAUUUAAAAAAUAGGUAUUAUGUAGUUUUAAGAAAAUUAAUAGAUAUGCUCAUCUAACGAAUUUCAGCGUGCAAAAAUAAAAUGAAGACAAUUAGGAAGAGAAGUUAAUGAUGACUUAAGAGGAAUUCUCUUAAAUUAUAAAGGAAAGAGGAUUUGACUUUGAGAGGGAAGUUAGAGAAAAAUUCAAAAACAUUAUUAUAGCCACAAUGAAAUCUUGUAAAAAGUCUUUUGAGAUAAGAAAGAAUACUUUUGAAGUGUUUGGAUUAGAUUUCAUAGUUGAUGAUGAUUGCAAUCCUUGGUUAAUAGAAGUUAAUGCUUCUCCAACGUUUGCAUUUUCAACACCUGUAACUGAAAGAUUAAAUAAAAUGGGGUUAACAGAUUUGGGACAUUUCAUUGUGGAAUAUAUCUAUAAUAAAACAAAAAAAAAGAAUUAUGGUGGAUGGGAAUUAAUUUAUAAAUAAAAAUUAUGA